GUGAGGUGUUGAUGGCCUCAGUCCUCCUCACCAUGACCCACACUGACUUACCCCACACUUUACCCCACACUGAACCCCACACGACCUCUAACAAGCUACAACUACCUAUUAUAGAGGAGCUUAAUCUCUAUGUCAACUCUAAGCUCGCCAAGAUAAUAGCCACGGGAGUUAUGAUCUGUUUCAUUACCUACCAUGGAUUCCUACAUGCUGUUGAUGGAGGAGAUUCUUGCCAAAGACUACUGUCAGAUGGGAGGUUCCAAGGUUCUCUGGUGUGGCAGCCAUAUGGUUGUAUGCUCCAUACAUAUUCAAAUAUAGAUUCUCGAAGAUGCAUGAGAUAUGUGGCCUUCCUGAAGCAAGAAAAUUAUAUCUUAUUUAUUGGUGAUUCCAGAAUCAGGCAGCUGUAUCUUGCAAUGGUUAAACAGAUUGCAGUUAACCAUCCAAAGUUUCCCGAGACAAAACAUGAAGAUUUGCACUACAAUGAUACCAACCUUCACCUCAACAUUGAGUUCCUCUGGCAGCCAUUAAUGGAUCAGAACGUGGUCAAAAUUCUUAAUCAAUUAAAGAGAAAAAAGUCUUUGCCCAAGCUGAUAGUGAUGGGAAGUGCCACCCACUCCAUUAAGAACACUAAUGGCUCAGCUCUGGCUCUAGAGGAGUAUAAGAAAAAUCUUACUGGAUUCUCAUCUGUCUUUCAUCAGAUCGGAAACAGAACCCAAUUAUUGUGGAUGCUGCAGGAUCCAGUUGUACCUGAGAGACUGAAGCAUGAGAGACUAGCCAUAACAAAUGACCAGCUAGAUCUUUAUAACAUGGCUGCUAUGGAGGUCCUGUAUAACACCAAUGUCCGCAUAUGGUCCAGCUCACGAUUGGUAGCCCAGGGAAGCAUAGCAGACUUCUCUGAUGGCAUACAUGCUGGAGAAGUAGCUGUAAAAUAUGAUACACAGAUACUGAUGAACUUGUAUUGCAAUGACCAUCUCAACUUCAAUGAUGGCACUUGUUGCAAUUCAAGAGAGGCUGUAACAAUGACCCAAAUUGCUACAUUUGCAGCAUUGUGCUCAUGCCCCAUCAUCAUGAUAGCAGUGGCUGUUAAGCAAUGGUUCUGUGUGUCUCACCAUAUUAAUGGCAGUGUCACUUCCCCGCCAUCUGCUGACAGAGACUCUGCCCAGCCUCUGAUGAUGGGAAACAAGGGAAGCAAAAAGAAAUGUGAUCCAUCUCCUCAAGAUUUUUUGAUGGCUCUUGGAAAACUUGGACUUAUUAUGGGAUAUUUUUUUUUAUGUGACAGAACGAGCUUGUUUAUGAAGGAGAACAAGUACUUCUCACAGCUCAACUUUUGGUUGCCUCUUGGUUAUGUGUUUGCCCUUGGCCUGUUCUUCACAGAGGACACAUCCCAAACACGACUCCUACAUCGGGACAUGACAGACGAAUGGAAAGGUUGGAUGCAGUUGGUGAUACUCAUUUAUCACAUGACUGGAGCUUCACAAGUUCUGCCAAUAUACAUGCACAUCCGUGUUCUUGUGUCUGCCUACCUCUUUCUCACAGGAUACGGUCACUUUUCAUACUACUGGAGUGGCAGAGACAUGGGCAUUGUCCGUUACUGUCAAGUAAUGUUUCGCCUGAACUUCCUAGUGGUUAUCUUGUGCUUGGUGAUGAAUCGGCCGUACCAGUUCUACUAUUUUGUACCCCUGGUAUCAUUUUGGUAUUCCGUGAUGCACAUAACCCUGGUGUUGCCUCCACGCAUCACUCGACCUGCUCAUGCAAACUCGGAAGCUUCGCCUUUCAAUUACCUGUACAGCAUCAUCAAGUUUGUCGGCCUCGGAGGAUUCAUCACAGUUCUGUUUUUGUCAGAGGUCUUCUUUGAGAAAAUUUUUGUAAUGCGUCCAUGGAAGGCGUUGUUUGUUACAACAGACGAUGAUAUUCAUGAGUGGUGGUUCCGAUGGCAGCUUGACAGAUACAGCCUUCUGUAUGGUAUGGUGUUUUCACUACUGUACAAUGGUCUUGCACAAUACAGCCUUAUAGAUGACAAGAGCGGCUCAAACUUAAUGGGUGGUCGCUUAGCCUUACUGGUGUCCUUUGUAGCAACCAUCUUUAUUGCCUCGUACUCCACUAUGACCAUCAUAUGCACAAACAAACCAGACUGCAAUGAAAUCCAUCCAUAUGUGGUGUGGGUGCCAAUCUUGGGUUUCAUUGUUCUGCGCAACAUGGUUGGGAUUCUGAGGACUCGUUAUUCUUCCUUUUUUGCUUGGUUUGGCCGUAUUUCUCUGGAGUUGUUUGUGUGUCAGUAUCACAUAUGGUUGGCUGCUGACACUCAUGGAGUCUUAGUGUUAAUACCAUCUUACCCUGUUGCAAAUGUUCUCAUCACAUCAUUUAUAUUUAUAUGUGUCUGUCAUGAAAUUCAUCACAUCACCAACAUUAUCACCCCAUUUGUGGUACCAAAUGAUUCUCUGAAGGCAGUGAGAAAUCUAAGUGUGUUUGUAUUCCUUCUAAUGGCAAUUGGUGUUCAUGAUGGUGUUUUUUAAGCAGCUUGAUGAUUGAGUGCUUGGUAACUACUCUGUAGAAUGUGAUUAAGUGCCUGCACUGCACAGCAGCCAUACCAUUGGGCAUUUCUUUUGGUAGUUUUGUCCUCAAGGUCUCUAGUUUAAAGUCUUUUACAACUAUUUUGAAGGAGAAAGGGCAUUUAAAGUAGUACUGUACUUUUACUUUGAUCCAAAUAAUUUAUAAAGCAGUAUUACUGUACAGUAGUUUUAAUUAUAUUAUAGAGGUGCAAAUUUCAGGAAUACUUAAGUUUCAUCAUAUGAUGUCAGCUUCUUCAUUCUUAUAUUCAUUUUGAAGCAUUUCCCAUUUUCAUUGUUGCAGUUGCUGUGGUUUGUUUACUAUUGUUAUAGUUUAGUAAAAAUCUUACCAAAACCCCAGUUACUUAUAUUAGAGCAAAGUUAGUGAAUCGUUUGUCAAAUGUAAUGUAAGAUGGUUGACAGUGUGGGAGACACCAUAGGCUGAUAAAAGACAUGUGCACAUUGAGAUGGAGCUUUGGCAAAGUAGGUAGAACCUUACCUUCUCUGUGACAUAUUUUGUGUUGAUCUAAAUGGUGCAGUAACACUACACAAAGAUACCAGGAGGCAGCAAAAAAUGAGAAAAUGUCAGUGUGUGCACUCGGACUGGUGUCAUCAAAAACUCUGACAGGAGUCUUAUAAGUAGAUGCAAAUGCUCAUCUAUUUAAUGCUACUGAGUUGAACUAUGAAACUUAACUGGAGAAGGACAAGGUCUACACCAACACCAGAUUGAUAACAAUAGCCCUUCAUAUUCUUAACAAACAGGCGAGCAAAAAUUAAUAAAGCCAGGUACUUUAUGGAAUCUGUCUCGCACUUUUGUUUUACAAUAAGAAUUAAAUUAUAAAAAAUAAAGUAUUACCUCAUACUUUAUGGUAAAUAGUUAAUAUUUAAAUAAAAAGAGACAGGUAAAAGAAGAUAUACAGUACAGUAUACAGUACAGAAUUGAAUAUCAAAGUCAUAUAUUCUUUGGUAAAUACAUCACAUUACUGUAUUCAUUUAUUGCACAUGUGACCAUAAUCAAAACCCCCAAAAGUACAAUAGUAUGGUAAGGUUGGUACAGUUUUCAUGUAGUAAGAAUAUAAACUGUAACCCAAACUUGACUAGCAUAAUAAUAAUCAUUGGCUGUUAUUAAUUUGCUCAUGCCGGUACAGUACAGUAUACUAUUGUAAUAUCCUGGUAAACAUAGUACAGUACAUGCCUGGGACCCACUCAUACAUGAUUUAUCUCUGCUGUAGAGUCUUUUAUGGUUUCACACCUCCACUAAUGUUUGUGCUGUACCAUUGCAACCAUCAUCCUAAGAAGAAAAAGGUAAAGUAAUGCCUGCCACUGACACCAAGAACUCUGUGUGAGGUCAUGGUGACAAGCUAGUGUACAUUCACUUUGGCUCCACCAUCUUGGAAUUUAGUCGUGUCCUGUCAUGAAUUAUAUCUGAUUUUGGAGGUCAGUGUCACUGUCUCUUUCAUAUUUGCUCUUUUGGAGAACUUAUAGGCUGGAGCUAUGCAGUUCCAUAUAGCAUACGUACAAAAAUGCAUUUGUUGUGUUUAUGUCUUGUUUUAAAGGCGUUUUCACUUUGCUAAUGAUCCAACCUGGAAUUCUCAACAGUGUGUUUGCAUGCGAGGCUGAUGAACUCCAAGACUACAUCAAGGGGAACCCAGUUUUACAACCCAUGACUCGGUAAACUUGUAGGUGUUAUUUAUAGCGAGUUGUCAGAACCUGAACCACAAGGAAGUCUCUCUACUUGUAGAGAGAUUUUACUUCAGUAUUUGGUUUGGGGGAUCUCUGGAAGACCCGGGUUGGUAACAAGGGAGGCCUGUGUGCAUUGCCAGUAAAGUAAAUCCCAAAUUUCUAUGGCCUUCAAGUUCAGGAAUUUGAAAUACAGUACCACGAUGAACCAAUAUAGACAAUAAUUUCCAAUUCUGCUCUGCCAUUUGCUGUACUACAUUAUCUCUUUCCUCAGACUCAAAGAUAUUUAUAUCCUCUUGAGAACUCCUGUGUUAAGAGGCAAAGUUAAACCUCUAAUCAUUUGUUUUUGAGUAAUGGUUGUAUGGCAGAGUUAAGUGAAUUUUUGUAGUAUUGCCUCCAGCUGUACAUCACUGUACUUAAAGAUUUAAUAUAUACCAUUUAAAUCUUGUAAACUUUGCCAUGCAUUUUCACGGUUUACUCUUCACUGGUUAUUAGUUUGGUUUUCAGGAUUAGGCCAUUUUGGAUGUUUAUUGUGAGUGUAUUGAAGGCACAGAAACUCUGCCUUUCUCCUUAUAUGAAGUGGACAUUCCUUGCCUUGUGGGUCAAAUGAUGUGUAGUUUGUGCAUUUAUUUGGAUCAAUUAGGUAUGACAAGUUAUGCAUUUAGUUGUCAUCAAAUAAAUUUUUACUUUAUAUUGAUAUGAAAUGUUUUUUUGUUGUUCUUCUAGUUUCAAUAGACAAAACAUACAGGUAGACUCUCUAACAAAAAGUACCUGAAGCCCGAAGAAUAUGAAACAUCCAUUGUUGUUCGUUGCUGUUCAAGGGUUAUUCCUCGCUGGUUCUUGAGACAGCCACUGAUUCAAGUAAGACGUUUUUGACUGAAUCAAUAGGAGGAAAAUGGCAGCUCUUAAAAAAAAUAAUCUGGUUACUUAGUUCAGCUUUGUCAUUAAACUAUAAGCCCUUUCUGAUUAGUGUUUAGUGGGUGUCUCACAGCUCACGUCUUCCCUUAUGUCAUAAACUUAGAUUUCACUCCAUUUUUUUUAUUAUUUUGCAAAUGUCAAAAUUAUUACAUUUGAAACUUUUUUAUUUUAUAUACUAUGCAGUAUAUAUUUAUGUAUUUUACUUGAGCUUAUGAAGAUAUUUACUUUAUGCAAAUUACCUGUUUCAGUAUUCAUAUACAGGCAUAAGGUUGAGAAUCACGUACCGGGUAACUCAUCUUGUGUUUAGGUAUUAAAAAGAGAGAGCUGUUGACACAAUAAUGCCAAACAAUCUAGAGUACUGGGGGUCCCCAAGCUACAAACACCUGUACAUAGGAACUUCAUCCUAGCACCAUCCAUUCCUAUGAGUAAGUCAUCUUCAGGGCUCAAGGUAAUUAAAACAGUUUUUUUCUGUACUGUACAUUACAGUAUUUACAUUAGAGUACUGUAUACCCCGGUACUGUUUGCUCUUGAGUGUCUAUGUCAGCACCUCAGUAUCUUCGGAUGCUAUGAAAAAAAUAACCAAAAAUUUCUUAACUUGAAUGUUAAGUAUAUAAAUGACCAUUAGAUUUGCAUAUAAUUGAGUGGUCUAAGAUGUAAUGUGUUUUUUAAGUUUAUGUUCAUAGAUGGUAAAGACAUAUAAGGAUACCAAAGGAUAUAUUUCAGAAUGUAAGAGAGUAAUUUAACAGGCUGGUGGGUAGAUGAAGAAGCCUACAGUGUGGGAGGGAAAGGGGAAUUGAAAAGAUAAAUAUAUGUAGUGAUAGACAGACUGGAAGCUCUUUAUCUUGUGGCCACCCCUCAGAGGGAAGCUUCCCUAGGGACUGAGCCAUCACACAUAUAACUUUCAUAGAAUUCUUUUGUGAUAUUAUAUAUUAUAGCAAUAGGCUCUCUUUCUCCAUGUCAUUAUAAAUCAUAAAUUUCAUCUUACUGUAAUACUGGUAACUUCAGAUCUACCAGUAAAUAGCAUCUGUGUACAGUAUAAUAGUGGAACUCCAACACUAUUGAAACUGAACACAUGCUGGACUUAUAGAUUUUCAGAUUUAGUUUUUAAGAAAGUCACACUCUUCCUAUGCCCCUUCCCCUAUUGAACUCUGAAGCAUUCUGUGUUGAAGUUUCUACAGUACAUCAGAGUUCCCCUGAGUGGUGCUAAAAGCGGCACAGACUUAUAAACAAAUGGGAGCCAACCAAUCAAAAUUUGUUUUUAUUUAUGUUAAGUAGGGUUUGGUUGGUUUGUGUUGUAUGUUAUUAUUAAUGAUGAACGCACACUGUGUUUGCAAGACCACAGCUUAUUAUUUUUCCUUUUCAUUUUAUUUUCAUACAAUUACACCUUUUCUCAGCUAGAUAAAGUGUCUUUUCAGAGCAAUAACAAAUAUUGUGAGUGAUUUCUGUAUGGAAAUUGUCCUCACCAACAAAGAAUUUCUUAAUAAUUCCUUCAGUUUAAUAAUAAGCUGCAUUGUAAACUCUUUGAGUUAAUUAGAUUUUUUGUUCGUGAUGUUUGAUACUGAACAAACAGAUAACCUGACUAGCCUAUGAAGGUUGGAACACACUACACUGUACUGUAACUUGCUUGGCUCUCUCGCGUACGCAAUAAGUUUUCCGUGACCAUGACAAAAGUCACGUGGGACCACACAUGUGAGUUCUGGUUAUCUUUUUUCUGUAGCCACAUUAUCUCACCAGAAAGUGUUAGUUUUUUAAUGAUUUAUACAUCACUGGCUCCUCAGUUAUACAGUACCUGUACAGUGUGUAGUUCAAGACCACAGUAUCACAGAGCAAGUACAGUAUUGCCACAAACAAAUCCAGCUGACUUCUGUUUACAUUAACAGUGUGGGUAGUGGGAGUUUCUAAAUGGCAUGUUGCCUGCUGUCUGUGAGUGCUGCAUUUAUGAGAUUCCAAGAUGAUUGGUGUCUGGAAUUCUGAGGUUCUACGUUAUCUUGUUUCAUAUAAGGAUAAAACAAUUAUUUGAAGUGUGUGGCUGUAGCACAAAAUAUGGUGUUUCUAACUUAUUUUGUUUCAUUAGUAUUAUAAGCACUGAUCCUCUUAGGGAAUAGAUUUCUUGAUUUUAUUGAAUGUCAUAGUGUGUUAGAUUUUGCACACACCAUCUGGGUUGAUAUACCACACAUAACUUUAGGCCACUUAUUUUGAUGAGUGAUGGUGCCAGAAAUGUCUUUUCUUUUUACAUUUUAAGAUUUUCUCACUUAAUGCAGAGUGGCCACAAACAAUAGCAAAUUACAAUCACAUUUUCCCUUCAUGCCUUCAUACUGGCUUACCUCUCUCACUUCACAUUAGCCAACAUCACCACAUCCUCCCCCAAAAACCUAGUGUCAUAUUCUCAGCUCAUUUAUGCACACAGAUUUUUUACCUGGUUUCCAUCCCCCACAUUUCUUGUGCAGCUUUUAUCUCAUUCUUCCUUCUCUCUCUCUGGUGUUCCUUCUCCCUCCCACCAUCCACUUUUCUCUCUGUGCUCCACCUCAAGACUAUAUGUUAUUUCUCUCCUAAUUUGCUCCUUUUUCAUGCACCUAUAGUUUAUACUUGUUUUAAUUAGUUCUCUGUCCAUUCCCAUAUAUUUCUCAGUCCACCUAUUGUUUCCAUUCUAUCUGGUCCUGUGUGGUUGAGUUCAUAAUUCCUCUCCCAAGUAUGUGAAACACUCCACUUCCUCCAUCUUCUCUUAAUGCUAGCUAACAUUUAUUAUUUCUUGUCUUCCUUCUUUAAUUAUUUUGAUGGCUUUAUAUUUCUUCACGUUCACAGUUACCUUUCUCUCGGCAGUUAGUUAUUUUCCCAAGUUCAUUCAUUCACUCACAUUUUUAAAUUUAGUAUAAUUUAUCAGCACAUUUUCACUCACUUAUCAUCUGUAAUCAUUCAUAUCUAAAGUUAUUUAAUGAGUUUUAUGUAUUCUGUACUUAGAAUUAAUACAAGUAAUUAUAAUUUGAAGAAAAAAAUAUUUUUUACUUAUACUGUACUUUAUAUAUAAAUGGAAAAAUUAAUUAUUAUUACAUUAUGGGAGUGUAUUUAUAAAAUAUUUACCAUUAUUUCAGAAGAUUUAAUCAGUUAGCAAAUUAUUUUCUUGUGUUUGUGUGAAGUACUUAGUCACUGAUUGCAUAUGAUUGUUAAGAAAUUUGAUUUUGCCAAUUACUUUUCAAACAAUUUCAUACUUUUUUUUAUAUCUUUCAAAACCGAUGCAGAAUUAAGUUACCAUUUUCUUCUCUUGGUUUAUACAGUCAGUCCCUUUGUGUGUUUAGUGAAUGGCAAUAAAUUAUAAAGUAAUAUUUGGCACCUUGUUAGUGUUAAUGGGGUCGUCGUCAUCAGGUAUCACACAUCUUGUUCCGUCUUGCUUUCAGAUUUCUGUAAUAAAGAUUGAAUUAAUAAA